AUGCCCGCUCACUCGAACGACUCGCACCGCUUCCAGCUCGUAAAGCGUCAAGCUGGCGAGAGCACAACAACCACCACCACCACCUUGACCACUACCACCACCAGGCUCAUCCCGACCAACACUGGCACCGGCGGCGGCGGCAACGGCGGCGGCAACGGCGGCGGCAACAACAACGGCGGCAGCAACGGCGCAACCAACACGGCCGCCCAGACGACGGCCGUCCAGACCCAGGCCACCCGCUCGCCGACGACCUUGCCCGUGUCGCCCACGAGGACGACGGCCUUCUCGACCAUCUCGACCGUGCAGCCUGGCUUCGUCCCGAACACGGCCAACUCGCCCCAGGCCAACUCGUUCGUGACCUCGUUCGUCAACUCGGCCGUGCAGAACAGCCUCGCGACGGGCGGCAACGGCGGCCUCCUCACGUCGCAGGGCCAGGGAGCAGGAGCGGGAGGGUUCAGCACCGUGACCCAGACGGUGCCCAACACGGGCGCAGGAGGAGGCGCGCAGACGGUCGUCAUCGUCAUCUCCUACGCCCCGAUGCCGUCCUCGUCGUCGAUCUCGUCCAUGCUCAACAUCUCGUCGACCCUCAACUCGACCUCGUCCGAGCUCCCCUCGUCGACGUCGACGACCUCGUCCACCUCGUCCUUCUCGCUCCCGUCCGCACCCGCCGAGUCGGCCGCGAGCGCAGACGGCGCCGGCGGCAACAAGGGCUUGAGCAAGGGCGCCAUCGCCGGCAUCGUCGUCGCGAGCGUCCUCGGCGGCCUAGCGCUCCUCGCGCUCCUCGCCCUCCUCGCGCGCUACCUCCUCAACCGCCGCCGCACCCGAGGCAACGAGGACGACGCCCUCAGCAUGCUCGGACCCACCGGGCCCAUGUCGCGCGAGUCGUACGCCGCUCAGGGCGGCCCAGGCGGCUCGUCGGCCUUCCUCAACGGCGGCCAGGACGGGCCGGGACCCAUGAUGUCGCAGGCGCGCUGA